CGUUCCAAAGGCGCUAACCUUCGCGGGAUCUAUAAUAAAACUCAGCUACCCCUGGCAAAUAAAGGGAACAGAGAAAAGUCAAGUAGAAGAGAAGGAAAGAGAAGCGGAGGAGAAGCAAUGGCUGUCGCCAGUUUGUAUCGGCGAGUUCUCCCCUCUCCGCCCGCGAUCGAGUUCGCCUCCGACGAAGGAAAGAGACUCUUCUCUGAAGCCUUUCAAAGUGGAACCAUGGAAGGAUUUUUCAAAUUAAUUUCUUACUUCCAAACACAAUCAGAGCCUGCUUAUUGUGGCUUGGCUAGUUUGUCGGUUGUCCUGAAUGCUCUUGCAAUAGAUCCAGGAAGAAAGUGGAAAGGACCUUGGAGAUGGUUUGAUGAGUCCAUGUUGGACUGCUGUGAACCAUUGGACAAAGUUAAAGCUGAAGGCAUCACAUUUGGCAAAGUUGCUUGCUUGGCUCACUGCGCUGGAGCUAAAGUUGAAGCUUAUCGAACAAGUCACAGCUCCGUUGAUGACUUCCGUAACCAUGUCAUAAAAUGUACCUCUUCUGAAGACUGCCAUCUGAUCGCAUCGUAUCAUAGGAAGCCUUUCAAGCAGACAGGAAGUGGUCAUUUUUCACCAAUUGGUGGUUACCAUGCUGAAAGUGACAUGGUACUCAUUUUGGAUGUUGCUCGUUUUAAAUAUCCUCCUCACUGGGUCCCACUUGAACUUCUUUGGAAAGCCAUGGAUACAAUCGAUGAAGCAACUGGACACCAUAGGGGGUUCAUGCUUUUGUCAAGGCUUCAGAAAGCACCAUCUUUGCUUUAUACCCUGAGCUGCUGUCAUGAGAGCUGGGUCAGCAUGGCAAGGUACUUGAUUGAUGAUGUACCUAUUCUUUUAAAGUCUGAGGGCGUAAGCAGUGUUCCAGAAGUUCUUUUCCUUUUAUUCAAAUCCCUACCUGCCAGUGUUGGGGAUUUCAUCAAGUGGGUUGCAGAAGUUAGGAGACAGGAGGAAGAUGGGUCAAUCUUAAGCAAAGAGGAGGAGGAAAGGCUUGCUGCAAAGGAAGAGGUACUGCAACAAGUUUGUGAGACUGAAUUAUACAAAUUUGUAACAGACUUUUUGUCUUGUGCAAGCUCGUAUUGCACAAGUUUCUUAUCUUUAAGCAAUGAAGUUUCGCUGUCGGAGAUUGCAGCUUCUGUCUGUUGCCAAGGGGCGGCAAUUUUAACAGGCGGCCUUGGAUUUAUCCAACAGUUUGGCUUCCGCACAACAUGUGUUAAAUGCUUGAGGGCUAAUGGUGAUGCACCCAUAACUGUUGUCUCUGGGAUGGUUGUUUCAGGCAACAAUGAGCAAGGAGUUGAUAUGCUUGUGCCUGAAUCAACCGCAAAAUCAAAGAGUUGUUGUAGUUAUAAUCCAAGUGAUUGUGUCCUGAAGCACCCAUCAAGCAAUGAUGCGUUAACUGUUCUGCUGUUGGCCUUACCCCCUUCUACCUGGCAGGGUAUAAAGGAUGAGAAGCUUUUGGCUGAAAUUCAUGACCUCGUUUCAACGGAGAAUCUUCCAGAUGUUUUGCAACAGGAGGUUUUGCACUUGCGGAGUCAGCUCCAUUUCCUCGAGAAAGCUAAAGAUAAAGAAGUCGAAGGUGAAAUUGUAUCGCUUUUACAACUUUAAUGCAACCAUUUUUGUUCUCCUCUACGGUGUCUGGGAGGAUAUUGAACCCUUCUCAUGCUAGCGUAGAUCUGUCUGAUUGGAUAUACGGUUAACCAUCUGUCAUGUUCGCAUAGUUCUUGUUUAUGUGAUGCAUGAUGUACAAUCUGCGUUUCUGAUCUGGAUAUUAAUGAGUGAAAGAGGGCGAAAAGCAAGGUUUAAAAGGGUUUUAAAAAAA